AUGAAGUCUAACCAGAAGAAUAUCCAAAUUCGAGUUCCACCUGUAAUAGGAAAAUACAACGUUGUUGAGAAUAUAGGAAAGGGUGAUUUUGCUCAAGUUGUUCUUGCAAUUGACCCAAAAACAAAUGAAAAAGUUGCAAUCAAGAUAGUUAACCGAGAAGCAAUAGUUCAAAGAAAUAUUUUACUAUACCUAGAAAACGAACUUCGUCUUACUUGUAGAUUUAAUCAUCCUAGUAUUGUCAAAGUUUUGGAUGUAAUUUAUGAACCUGACAUUAUCAUGAUUAUUAUGGAAUAUUAUCCUCAAGGUGAUUUGCAAACAGUUAUAUCGCGUGGAGUCCACUUUUCUGUGGAAGACCAGCUCAGAAUUUCCCAACAAAUACUUGAAGGAUUAAAAUAUCUUCAUAAAAGAGGCGUAUGCCAUCGUGAUAUAAAGCCAGAAAACAUAUUGUUUGACGAUGAAAUGAAUCCAAAAAUCAUUGACUUUGGUUUUUCAAAAGAAAAUUCUGCAAUGAUGCAUACUUUUUGUGGAACUCCAUUUUUCAUUGCACCAGAGAUUGUUACACAGAAUCAAUACGAUGGAACUAAAGCAGAUGUAUGGGCAUUUGGUGUUACUGCUCACAUUUUAGCGUGUGGAAAAUUACCAUGGGUGACUGAUAAUGGCAUGCAGCUAAUUAAAGAUAUGCAAGAAGGCAAGUUAGAAAUAAACAUUGAACCAAUGGGUAUUAUGGGCUCAAUGAUACGAAAUGCACUUAUUGUUGAUCCGCAAGAACGCCUUUCGAGUGAUCAGCUUUUGUCACUUAUAAAUGAAUCGAAGAGAACCCAUAUAAGUAUAUCUAACAUGACGCUAAAUUCUAAAAAGAAUUCUGCACCUGUAUUGCCUCAUAUUAUUACAAAACAUCAUACAUCUAGUGGUUCGAUGGCCAAGAUUUUGACUUCUGAUAGGUUCUUAACACGCAUGCAAUUCAAUGUUAAGAGAAAAAUAUAA